AUGGACAUCAGCCCCCACCCGAUGGGCAACAUGGACCAGGCACGCGUAACAUCUUUCAAGCUCGGGAGGGUCCAUGUAGGGCGCGCAAGCAGCGCAGCGUCCCAGAAUGGGUGGGGUCGACUCGCAGAGCGUGCUGAAGGCUCAGUGGAAAUUGGUGGGGUCGACGUUGGGGAUGGCGCUGCAGAUCAGAGUAACAAUUACGACGGUCUGGAUCGAUACACCUUCCACAGACAGCUGGACAAGAUGGAGGCAGUGAGUAGAGUUAUGGGAAUCCACGUCAGGGCCAACUCGGUGCACCAACACGAUCGGCCAGCCGAAGCUCGGAACCGCGAAUCCUCCCCCAAUGGCGCGCCUCCUCAAUUAUCCCCACGCCACCCCGAAAGUAGAGCCCUUAUCUGCAGUCAAGAGCUAGCCUCUCGAUUCGACCCAGAAGAUGACGAAGAAGAAACGGUUGUCGGGAACGACGAAGGCUCUCCAUUCAGGACCGAACAUUCUCACGCCCAACCGAUCUUUACAAACGGAUAUAGAUAUGUGCGGCCGCGAGGCAGGAACCUUAACCGUGAUCGGGAUUCGAAUCACUCGAUCCUCACCCCGAGAGCGGCAUACAGGGCUCGGACAGAGAUGAUCCCAGGUGGCGAAGUGAAUCGAGACGCAGAGAUGGUCGGAUUACCGCCCUCGUCAGGCUGUGAUGCGGUGUCUCUGGGUUUCAACUAUUGA